AUGAAAACUGUGUGUAUUUGUGUGUGGAUGCUGAUGAUAGUUUAUGCCCAGGAAGAUUCUGGAUGUGGCAAUGAAAGGUACAUGACAGGAGUUACUGGCACAUUUACGUCCAUGAAUUUUGACGGUGAAACUCCGUAUGAUAGUUUUGCAGACUGCAGAUGGAACAUCGAUAUUCCUAAUUCAGAUAAGGUUGUAGAGUUGUCCUUUAGCCAUUUUGAUGUGGAGGGAUCCGCCAGAUGCCAGUUUGACGAAGUGGCCGUUCAUGAUGGUGGCGGUGCACCUUCUCCAAUUUUAGAGAGACUUUGCGGGCAUCAUAUACCUUUCCCAAUCAGCUCGACUGGGCCAUCGAUGUAUGUCACUUUUAUAAGCGACUCCGUCAUUGAAUGGACGGGAUUUGAAGCUCAUUAUCGCUCACGUGACGAACCAAUUUCGUGUGAACAGCCAACAUAUUUAUGUGGUAAUGACGAAUCUGGAUACUGUGCCCCUUCAGAAGAACGAUGUGAUGCUAAACUGCAUUGCAUUAUUGAUGAGCUAGGGUGCCCUGGAAACAGAGAUAAUUGCGGUCAACCAGCAAUUACACCUAAUACUGGUUCUGAAGUUCAUACAGAUAUUGUUAAUGGUGAAACUGCUAUUCCACACAGCUGGCCAUGGCAGGCCAGUCUACAUAACUCAAAAUUCCAUGCAUGUGGUGCUUCUAUCUUGAAUGAAAAAUGGGUUAUUACAGCCGCACAUUGUGUUUCUCUUGCCCGUGAUAACGUCUACAUAUUCGACGUUGUGGCUGGUGAACAUAACUUGACCGACCCAGCACCUUCUAGACAAGAAUAUGGCCUCGAGAAGAUCAUAGUACACGCAGAAUAUAAUCCUGUAGUUAUGAACAAUGAUAUUGCAUUGCUAAAGAUUCGAGGAGUAAUCAAUAUGACGGCAGAAAUAAGUGAGAUAUGUCUACCCGCACAAGGAACUGGCCACCAGGACGGGGACGAGGCGUGGAUUACUGGAUGGGGAGACUCCCUAGGUACUGCUGACGAAAGAGCAUUGCAACAAGCAAAGACGUAUUUAAUAGACACGGCCGCGUGCAACGAUACUGAAUCAUACAAUGGAGCGAUAUCGACUAAUAUGGUGUGUGCGGGUUACUUGGAAGGAGGGAUCGAUGCUUGCGAGGGUGAUGAUGGUGGUCCCCUUGUCCGGGAAGAUCCUAUCACAAAAAUAUGGUACCUGUAUGGCAUCACCAGCUGGGGAGAUGGUUGUGCUCUAGCCAUGAAACCCCAUGUAUAUACCAAAGUCAGUAAUUACGUCGACUGGAUAAACCAAAUGAUGCUUGCAAAUCCUUAAAUCAGAACAAAGGAAAAGAACUACCAAUUUUGAGCUGAAGCAUUCAGCUUAAACAGUCAACGAUUACAAUAAUAAUAAUAAUAAUAAUAAUAAUAAUAAUAAUAAUAAUACAUUGACCAUGGAAUAUAAUAAUAAAACAAAUU